UUCCACUUUCCUCUCCUAACGCAGUGAACAGAGAACUCAAUGGAGAGCCCAACCAAUCCUAAUUUCUGGGGAGGCAAUGGAGAUCGAAUAAGGUUUGCAGAAGAUCAGUUCCCGAGUCUUAGUCAGCAAAAUCUCCAAAUGGAGCCGGUGAGGCAAGAAUCAGGAAAUACUGAACAAUUUGUACGAGAUUUGAUCCUGAGCAAUCCCGCCAGUGAGCAAAAUCUUUUGAUGAACAAUCCAACGGCAGCCGAAAUAGAGUUGACGAGGCAACAACAACCAGAACCAGGUCAACCUCAACAUGCAGAUAUUUCGUCUGCAGAUUCUCAUUCAAUAAUAAAUUGUAUUCCUGAAAAUAGUGCACCAGACCCACGUGCCAAAAAAAGAGAAAUCGAUCGAAGAUAUAGAGAGAAGAAGAAGGAAAGUCAAAAGCGAAUGAAGAUCAGCCUAGAGACACGAGAGGCUGAAAUGAAAUCCCUAAAAAAUGAACAUCUUUUGGCGAUUCAUAACUUUCAAACUCAAUCAGUGGAACUCGACAAUUGGAAGAAAAAGUACGAGAAGCAACAUGAAAUCGAACAGCAAAUGAAGUCCACCUUGGAGACUCUACAGGCUAAAAAUGAAUCCCUAAAGCAUGAAAGUGCUUUAGUGACUCAAAAGUUUCAAAUUCAAUCAGAGGAACUUGACAAAUGGAAGAAAAAGUAUGAGAAGCAACAUGAAAUUGAACAACAAAUGAAGUCCACCUUGGAGACACUAAAGGCUGAAAUUGAAUCCCUAAAAAAUGAGACUGUCUUGGCAACACAAAAGUUUCAAACUCAAUCAGAGGAACUUGACAAUUGGAAAAGGAAGUACGAGAAGCAACAUGAAAUCAAACAGCAAAUGAAGUCCACCUUGGAGACUCUACAGGCUGAAAUUGAAUCCCUAAACCAUGAGAGUGUUUUGGCAACACAAAAGUUUCAAACUCAAUCAGAGGAACUUGACAAUUGGAAGAAGAAGUAUGAAAAGCAACAUGAAACUGAACAACAAAUGCAGUCCACCUUCGAGGCACUAAAAGUUGAAAUUGAAUCCCUAAGAAAUGAAAGGGUUUUGCCAAUGCAUAAAUUUCAAACUCAAUCGGAAGAACUUGACAAUUGGAAGAAGAAGUACAAGAAGCAACAUGAAAAUGAACAAUGGAUGAAGUCCAAUAUGAAGAAACUUGAGGCUGAGAAAGGAUUACUAAGAAAAGAAAAUGAAACUCAAUCCAAGGAACUUGACAAAUGGAAAAAGGAGUACCAGAAUCAACUUGCAAAAAAACGGCAACUAAAGUCCAAGCAAAAGAUACUGGAGUCUGAAAAUGGAAGAUUGAAGGAUCAGAUUAUUGAAGUUGUAUCAAAGCAGCGUAGAAAUAAACAUUCCGCACCCAAACAACUGGCAUCAAUACCCAUCAACGGAGUUGGAAGCAGGCCAGCGACGAUAAUGGCGCCGUCCUCUCCCCCACCCUCACGCAGUCCUGAUCAUUACUCUGGCGAAUUUUACGGGAGUUUUGAUCCUGAAGAAUUUUACUCAGCCACAGAACCUCAAACUUUUGAUUUUCGAGCUUUUAAAAGGUGAUUUUUAUGGAUAACACUUAAUAUUUAAUAUAAUUACAAAAUUAUC